AUGGCACGUCUAACGCCUCGCCUCGCUAUCCGCUACCUUCUUGUCACCUUCAUCGCAAUGUACGGCGCCAAACGCUGGCUAUCUGGCCAGCCUCUUCUCUCCGACUCUCUCCCGGCCUAUUCGGGCCCCUACGAUGUCGGAACGGUCGAUAUCGAAAUCCCAGCGGUCCACCCGCGCAAAUUCAGUGAUGCCGUACACAAGGAGACGGGUGAACCGGCAUUCGAGCUCGAGACGGUCAUGUUUAGCAUCUUCUACCCAGCCGAAAAGGGUGUACACAGCAAGAGACCAAAACACAAUUGGAUUCCAGAAUCAGGGAAACUCUACGCCGAGGGCUACGCCCGAUUCGCAGGCAUUAGCACAUGGAUUACGAAUAAGCUGUUCGAAGGUGGAUUAUGGUCGCUUGUCGGAUCUACCACGAUUCCAGCCCAGGUCGAUGUCCCGAUACAUGGCGCCAGCGAGCACGGAAAAAGAGAUGUGAUUAGAGAGGAAGAGGGCCAGGCUGUGUUGGUAGGAAGCGAGCAAAAGGAGGCACAAAAAGAGCAAUUCCCUGUCAUCGUCUUCUCGCAUGGCAUGGCUUCAGGUCGCACAAGCUAUACGCACUACCUCGGCGAGCUUGCCUCCCGCGGCUAUGUUGUAGCAGCCGUCGAGCACAGAGACGGCAGCGGGCCUGGUACCAUUGUCUAUAAGGCAGACGGUACGCAGAAGACGGUCUUUCAUGCACCAGCCGAUGCAUUGGACCCGGUGCCAGAGACCGAGGAACUCAAGAGAGUGCAACUCGCCCUUCGCCAGGCCGAGGUGGAAGAGACGGUUCGUGUCUUGCGCGCCAUUAACAAUGGUGAUGGACAAGACGUCCAUCGGGCUAAUGCGCGGAAAGAAGGCGACACGCUUGUGUACUGGCGCCAUCGCCUCAAUUUUGACCAGGUCAUAAUGGCUGGCCAUUCAUAUGGCGCAACACUCGCAAUGCAGGCGCUCAAGGGUGCACCGAAUGACUUGCGUCCCUUUGUGGGUGGCAUUGCGCUCGACCCUGGCAAAAGUUCUGGGCCGCUGAACGCAAACAUUGAUGUUCCGCUGCUAGUUGUCCACUCUCAGUCGUGGUCGUCGAAGCGCUCCAUCUUCUUCGGACGGCCGCACUUUGACACGGUCAAGGAAAUUGUGGAGGGCAUUGUCGACAAGCAACACGGCAACAAGAAGGCAGGAUGGUUCAUGACAGCCAAGGGGACGACGCACCCCACUGUUACGGAUGCGCCACUCAUUGAACCUCUAUUACUCAGCUGGACGACGGGAGCAACUGUCGACGUGAAAGAGGGCCUGAUGCAAUACGUGCAGACAUCCAAGGACUUCCUAUCAUACCUGGUGGACGGCAAGCUAAGUGGAGUUUUGAGCCAACGCGUUAGCCACCCUCGAUACAAUCAUGAGACGAGAAAACUACCAGAGGAUAUGAGCAAGAUCUGGCAGAUUCAUGUCAGCCCUGUUGAGUAA